GCUCCCCACCUUGCCUGCGCCCGCGCAAGCCUAGCAGAUCUCCACGCAGCGAACAUCCGGAGAGUCGCGCCGCGCGCCGACGGAGCGGACAUGGGCAGAGCGAUGGUGGCCAGGCUAGGGCUGGGGUUGCUGCUUCUGGCACUACUCCUACCCUCGCAGAUUUACUGCAACCAAACAUCUGUUGCUCCGUUUUCCGGUAACCAGAAUAUUUCUGCUUCCCCAAAUCCAAGUAACGCUACCACCAGAGCGGGUGGCAGCUCCCUGCAGUCCACAGCUGGCCUCCUGGCCCUCUCUCUCUCUCUUCUACAUCUCUACUGUUAGAGACUCAGGCCAGGAAACGUCUCUACUUCCCCAUCUUCUAGACCCACCCCAAAUGGCAACCACAAGUCCAAUGUGAUCAGGAAGAAACAGGCCCACUGAAUUGGCUGUUACUGUACCUCAACGGAAAACACUGAGAAUUCAAAAUUCGACGGGAUUAAAGGAUGAGUGAAGGGUUUNAGAGAAGAGAGAUGCCGGUAUUGAAUCUGCUGGAGUUUUACGUUCCAAGAUGAAGACAGCAUCCAGAAUUGACGCGAUUUCCUUCAAUGUGGCUUAAGAAAUGUGGACACUUAAAACUCUCACUUGAAAUUGGGCAUAGNUUUGAUGUAGAGAUAAGGACAGGGUUCAGAAUGGAGACCCAUUUUGUCAUUGGUUCAUUUGACCUAGAAAGCCAUAGCGCAGUUAGGUGAUAUUCGAAAGCUUCUCUGAUGCUAUUUAUGUAUAUGUUGGAAGGAACUACCAGGUGUUGCUUUAAAUUCCCAAUGUGUUGUUUCGUUACUAAUUUAAUAUGCUAAGCUCUAGNUAAAGUUCCAUGUUGUUGAACUAUGACUGUUCUCUUUGGAGUUGAACGUUUUACACCCUCCUUCUGUGGCUUUAGGUCUGACAUUGUAUUUGACCUUUAUUAGGAAUUAACAUGUGCCAGGCAAUGGUGGAUUGGAACCCACCCCCAAGUCCAGCCACCACCGAAUAAAUCUGAUUUAAAAAGNCAAACAGCAGCCAUUUCCCAUUGUCGUUUCUCACGCACCACAAGUACCAAAUUCACUUGAGUACGCUGGUUCCAGAGAGCAGAAUCAUGUUGGCCUCGGCUAA